GCUUCAGACACCGUGCGGGGAGGAGGUGCCACACAUAAGAGCUACCAUUGUACUAAAUCUCUUUUAAACUCAUGGUGACGCACAACACGGCGCCGCGGAUAGAGAGUGUGCACUAGGACGGCCGCCGCGAGCACCAUGUCUCCCCCUGCCUGAGAAAAGCGGGUCUCCGCAGGCAGGGUCGCGGUGUUUAGGUAUUGAUCGGUAGGGAGGCGCCAUGGUGGAGUGCUGAGUGGCCACCCUGCAGGCGUCAUGGAGGUGGUCGGGGACUACGAGUACAGCACCAAGGACCUCAUAGGGCACGGCGCCUUCGCUGUCGUGUUCAAGGGGCGCCACAGACAGAAACCGGGUCUGACUGUGGCGAUCAAGAGCAUCACCAAGAAGAACAUCGCCAAGUCACAGAACCUGCUGAGUAAGGAGAUCAAGAUCCUCAAGGAGUUGACGGAGCUGCAUCACGAAAAUGUGGUGGCGCUGCUCGACUGCAAGGAGACGGCCAAUCACGUGUACCUGGUGAUGGAGUACUGCAAUGGCGGGGAUCUCGCGGACUACCUCCAGGCCAAGGGAACGCUCAGUGAGGACACCAUCAGGUUCUUCCUCCGACAGAUGGCCGAGUCGAUGCGGGCGCUGUAUGGGAAGGGCAUCGUGCAUCGAGACCUCAAGCCUCAGAACAUCCUCCUGGCACACGCCGGGAAGCCCAACCCACCGCCACACCUAAUCACGCUGAAGAUCGCGGACUUUGGAUUCGCGAGGUUCCUUCAAGAUGGCGUGAUGGCCGCAACACUAUGCGGUUCCCCAAUGUACAUGGCGCCCGAGGUGAUCAUGUCUAUUCAGUACGACGCCAAGGCUGACCUGUGGUCUCUUGGUACCAUUGUAUUCCAGUGUCUCGUGGGCAAGGCGCCCUUCCACGCCCAGACCCCCCAGGCCCUCAAGCAAUUCUACGAGAAGAACGCCAAUCUUGCCCCAAGAAUACCCUCUGGUACAUCACCUGAGUUGGUCGACCUCCUAAAUGGACUGUUGAAGAGAAAUGCCAAGGAUCGGAUGGACUUUGAAACUUUCUUCAACCAUCCAUUCAUCCGCAUGGGUGAUCCCGCACCCCAGAAGCCUGUUGCCUCCACUCCAGCUUCAGCCACAGCCUCCUCCCCACCUGCCACUGCACCCAAAACUGUGGGUCGUGCUGGAGCCUUUGCCCACCCAGCCCAGCCCUCUCCAAGUCCUCCUGCUGCCAACCUUCCUCCUUCACCUGAAGACUUGAGGAUGAGUGUGGAGCAGCGCAGUGGGGGUGGUCCUGAGCUGCCUGCAGCCACUGUCCCCCGGCCCACCCCUGUGCCAAGGGCUUCUAGUGCCCAGCAGCAGGAGGAGGCUGAAGAUUUUGUUAUGGUGCCUGCACAACUUCCCAAUGAACCAGAGCCAUCAAGGAUCCCUCAAGGGUGGAGUGGUCGCAUUUUAGCCAAACAAGGUGGAGGGAUUUAUCAGAAGAACCCUCCCCAAUAUGGUCCCCUCACACCUCAGUUGGCCUCCUCCCCUCGGCCAUCACACCUACCCGUUCAAGGUGGCAGCAGUGGUAGCACACACUCCAGCAGCAGCAGUGAGUCAUGUCGGUCUGGAGAGCCAGUACCAGUGCCUUCCCAGCGAGCCACCUUCCACCAAAUGACCUCCUCAGGCUCCUCUGAUCAGAUUCAACAGCCAGAGUCCCCAAGACAUCCACAGGGAGCCUCCCCCAUUCGACCUUCCCCUCCACCUCGCUCUCAGCCCAUCAACAUGCGUCGGGUAUCUGACCACAAAGCUCCAGACCUGUCAUCCCUCUCCCCACCAGCAGUCCAAUUCACCAUCGGAGACCCUCCCAUGGGUGGGCGGCGACGAUCCACAUCAGGAAGCUCCUACUCCACUACACCCCCCACCAACAUUGCCGCCACCACUGUUGCAGGCAACACCCCAAGCGGCCGCCUCACCCCCAGCAACUCCCCCCUCCGUCAGUCUGGCCGCCGUACUCCCCCUUUCUUGCCCCCUCAGCUAUUCUCUGCCCCUCCUAUGCUGCCCCCUAUCCUGGGCUCUCCCACUAAGCUAGGGUUGGGAGGUCAGGACAACCCUGCUGGAGACAUCUGUGGUAAUACGACCAACCUGCCUCUGGCCCACCGUGCCAUCACUCUCCCUGAGAUGACCUCUGUCUCCCGUGACCUCACGAUGGGAAGUGCCCAAGACAUGAGUGUGGAAAGUGCCAGCUUGCAACGGUCCCGGACAGAGUCACAUUUGCUAGAGUGGCAGCAUGCACACCAUGCCACCAGCCCUCCUCAUGGUGCCAGACAGCUGGUGCAGUAUGGCCAGUCUGCACCACCUUCUUUCCUCUUCCAGGGUGGUGGCCAUACAGAGGGUCAUGACACAGUAGCUUUCUAUGCACCUCCUCUCCACCAAGAGACUUUAAUGGAGAAAGAGCACAACGAAACCCUGGCCAAGCUCAACUUUGUGUUGGCGCUGGUGGACUGCAUCCUGGAGCUGGCCCGCUCACGGUCAGCCCCCAUCACAGCCCUCACCCAGAACACUACCAUGAGGGAAUCUGUGUCUGCAGGUUCUCCCCGUGAGUCUGAAACCUCCCCUGUGGCAGCCCCCCCACCAGAGUGGCAGAGAAGAGCAGAGCAGUUGGUGUUGUACAUGAGGGCCCUUCAGCUGCUCAACUCAGCCCUUACUCUUGCCAAGCAUGAGAAAUCAACAAGUCGGCUGCAGCCUUCCAAUGCAGUGAAGAAUGUGGUUGGUGUAUUGAAUGAGAGGUUCCGGCAGGCGCUGAAUGUAUGUAAAGAUCUUAGCAGCGCUGGACCAGUUUCUGCAAUUGACUCAAAAACUUCGACUAUUACUGCAGACAGAUUGAUAUAUAACUAUGCUAUUGAAAUGUGUCAGAGUGCAGCCCUUGAUGAGCUCUUUGGCAAGCCUGAGGAGUGUUUCAGAAGGUACCAGACAGCCCAGAUCCUCCUCCAUGCUCUGGCCCAGCAGGUGGCCCAUGACUCUGACCGCUCCUUAUUGACACGCUACAAGCAAGCCGUUGAGAGGCGGCUCUUCCUCCUCCAUGAGCAAGGGAUUGUUCAUGCUUACAACACCAACGAGGCGUAAAAGAUGGUGCUACAACACACUGAUGACUCAUGCACUUGUUACAGUGGUUCAGGUGAUACUGAGAGCCAUCACAAACUAAGGACUCCACCUUGAAUUUGUCAAGACACUGUGAAGACUUGUGACCAUCAGUGUGACAGUAUCCCCUUUAGAUUUAUUUACAUCGGUGUGAUAAUGCCUCGUGAGAUAAGAGCCCUGAGUGCUGAUUACAGGGUACAUUUUCAGUUGAAUAUUUAAAUUAUUAAAAUUUGUCUUGUUUCAAGAGUAUAUUUAAAACAGCAUCAGUGUGCAAAGUAUUUUCAUGAUAGCCUUUGCUAGGCUUGACACGAUUGGAAAUAUAGCUGUACAUUGCUGUGUGAAAUCCAGAUAAGGAGAGGAUGAGUGAAAGCUGAAUUUAUUAGCAUUAAGAGACAAUAUUGAAAGUGUUUUCAUGAAACGCUGAACUCGGAAUAAUUUUCCAGGAUGGAAACAAGUUCUAAACGACAAAUAGCAGCUAUUUAAGUAGCUCUCUAUGAUUUGUGAUCGAGGACAAUACAUGAAGAUACAGUAUAUUAUUUGUGAGGCCAGUCAGUGUAUUUGUAUAUUUAAAGACAAUGCUUCCCAGUGUAACUUGAUCUUCAGUCAGUCUCAUGUAAUGGUCAUUUACAUAAUGUCCCCCUGACUUGCUGGUAAGAAAGUUAUUUGUGAACAUAACCAUACACAUAUAUCACAUAUGGUACUGAGCCAUGUAAAUUAGCAAUGUUGUAUGUGCUUCAUAUUAUAUACAUACAUGUACUUGACUACCACUCAAGCAAAGUUCUGGUCAUAAUAUAAAUUACCUGUAUAUAUGUAUGUGUGUGUGCACAUAUGGUUAAAACAGGUAACCUCUGAAUAAGUACUCCAGAUGUGCAUGUUGGAUGAAAGUUGAGGUACACAGCUGGACAGAAUCAUUCCCAAAAGUCUGUGUGAGAGAGAGAGAGAGAGAGAGAGAGAGAGAGAGAGAGAGAGAGAGAGAGAGAGAAAGCUAUAUUUUCUUUUCCAGCAGGUGCAUAUUUCAAGUAUCGUGUGGAUGGAUGAGCGCUUCAUGCAAGAGGAUGAUUCAUUUGCCUUAUUUUAUCUGAUAAAUGUAAACUUUAAUAAUGCUAGCCACCAUAUGGGGCAAUGCUAAUGCCUUAGUUUUUCUCAAGAGAUCUAAUAGGAUAUAUGCGUAUUGUAUAGCAAUGAGGCAGAGGUGUUGUAUUUCCAUGAUGGAUGCAAACUAGAUACUAACAAAUUAUAGUUAGUGUAGCAUAGCUCCUUAGGUGUCCCUGUGCAGAAAUCUCAACCCAGCUGUUAUGAGUUUAUCUGAUGCAAAGCUAAAGAAAGUGCUGAACACACUUCAGAACUGUAAAGAAAAAGGCUUUCUUAAUGAUGCAUCAGGGGAAUAUACAUAACAGGGAGAAAAAAGAAUCAGAAGCAGGGAUGUGAGUGGACAGAGGUGUCACUGGGUUGCUUUCUCACUCAUGAUGCUGUGCUCACUUUCCUUGAUCCUUUUUAUAUGUUGCUACUUUUGAUAUUCUGUUUAGUGGACUGAACAUUUUUACAAUAGGUUAUGCUAACUCUUCAGUGAUAUCUGAGUAUUUGCAGUGUGUACAUCAGGAUUGAUGCGCCUCAUGCUGAUGGUGCUGCACAUGUCAGUUGAGUUAGUCAAUAUGGGUCACAGAGUAGGCCAUUUCAGCACUAGCUUCUUGCAGGCAUCAUCCUAAGAGUCUGUAUGGUACAUUGAAAUGGAGGUCUUUACGUUGAAUAUGAAUGCAUUCAUUUCUAUAUAUUAUGCCUUGUUUAGCUUUGGAAUCCUUUAUGUGACUGCAUUUUUUUAGCUGACGUUACAGUUGCCUACGGAUAUGGAUUAUUUCCUUCUUUCAGAUCUACAUACAAUUACUCAGGAAAAAAAAAUGUAGCUUAAGAUUCAAUUGCCACAAAGUUUUAGUUAAGUAAUAGUGUAAAUAUGAGUGUGUCUGCGUGCGUUAGUGAUUUAUCUCUAUACAUAUUUGAGUUUUGUAUGUUUCAUAAGCUUCAAUCUCAUUUAUGCAUUUUUAUUCACAGUUGAAGCAUUUGUAUCUGAAAUAUGUACUUAGCCUUUACAUUCAUUGGAGUGGAGUUCCCCAUUACAUUUUAGAAAGAUAAACAAAUGUGAUUUAACACUAGCUAGUGUGAUCACUUCAUUGUGAUAAUGGAGCUGGGAACCUGGGCAGUAUGACUACCACUACCACCACUCAAGGUGAAGCUUCAGCUGAGGUCCUGAGUCAGUGUGACCAUUAAAUGUUUUGAUGAUGCAGCUGGGACCAAGUUAUUGUGCUGACCACUUAGGAUGAUAUUGUGUUGAUACUGGAUAACUUCAUCUGCUUGAAUUACCACAGCAAGAUGAAAUAGAUAAAUUGUAAAUCAUAUUUCAGUGGCUCUUGGCAAGUAAUUUUUUCCAGUGUGAUGAUAAUGAAUGUCGAAUGGAGGAUUUCAGUCAAGAGAGCUGCAUUGCUAUCCAUUGUUGAUAUUGGUUCUGAAAACCAGCAUUAAAUAACAUGAUUUAAGCAUCACCUCUUGCCUGUUGUGACUUAAAAAUGCUGUUGUAUCCUUAUUUUCUUCAUGAUACCAUGAAAAAAAGUGAUGUGAAGUUAUGGCAGACAACAUAAUAUUGUGCAGUGAUUCACAAUGAUGAUGAAGUACAGUGGUCUUCAGUUAACAUGUGGAUAGUCAUAAAACAUGGUUCUAGUCUUGCCUUACAGCAUAACUUUAUAGAAAGAAAUUUUGUUACUGGUUCUGCAGUUUCAAAACAAAGUUUGUAGCACAUUGAUCCUUUGAUUGAAAGUACACUGCAUCAAUAGCCAGUGUGCAGGAAACCUUUUUUGUUGUGGCCUCAUGUAAGCUUUUCCUGGCUCCCCAGGUUCCCAAGGCUUUGAAAUCAUUUUCAUUUUUCUUUCAAGUUUGUCUUCUAGUCGAAUACCUUUUAUGUGGGCAUUGUAGGCAGUGUCCAAGAUCUCGUGGCUGGCAGGUCUACUGUCACAAUAUGUACUUUGUAUUUUUAUUAUUAUUAUUAUUAUUAUUAUUAUUAUUAUUAUUAUUAUUAUUAUUAUUAUUAUUAUUAUUAUUAUUAUCAUUGUCAUUACUUUAUUAUUACUGUUAUUGUUGCUUAAUUUUAUUAUUAUUAGUUUCCUGAUGCAGACCUGAGCUCUUGUGAUUAGGAAGCAGAAACCUUUGAGGGCAAGAAUCACCCCCAUGACUAUACUAAGUGGCAGUGACCCACCCCCAACCACAGCAUCUGUGAUCUUUUUGUUCUGUUAGUGAGAUUUUUUUACAUAACAUUUAAUUAUUGUAAGAGUUGUCAAAGCAAACUAUGGUUUGUACAGGAGGUGUAUAAUUAUAGUUACAGUGCUGCUACUUUGGCCUUUUGUUUUCACACAUGAUGAACCCCCUACUGUUGAGGCACUGGCCUCGGAAGACAGGCACACCACAGUAUUAAGGACCUUGUAGUUAGGCCAACUGUAAGAUUUGUUAGGAUAAUAAACUGGAUUUUUUUCCUUUUAUUAAAUGGCAUAUGUAGAUAAGUAUGCAUAAUAGUAAAAACACUUAGUUAAAUUUCCUAACGUUUAUAAAGAAAAGCUGUCAUUGGCUGGGUGAAUGUGGGCGGUGCCUUGAUGUGGCUACUAGUCGUGGUGAGCACUGGCUGGCUCAUAUUAUCUACUCUUGCAACUAGUACAACGCCCUCCAGGGGCUGUCAUUUUAUAUUCUUACCAUAAACAUAAUAGAGAAAAAUCAAAUAAAAUUAAAGCCAAA